GCGAGAUUGAACACGCCGCUUUGAACCAGCAUUACACAGCCGUGUUUUUUUGAUCGUUACGUCGGCGUCAUGGACGUACACCUUCUUGUUUACGACCUUUCAAGAGGUCUUGCGCGGCAGAUGUCAAUGGGAUUGCUCGGGUUUCAGCUGGAUGCCAUCUACCACACGUCCAUUGAGCUUAACGGGCUAGAGUACGUGUACGAUGGCAACGUCGUCGCCAUCAAGCCGGGAUCGUCGCACUUGGGGCAACCCAUGGAGCGGAUACAUCUGGGGAGGACAGAGUUGCCCAUGGACGUCAUUGAGGAAUAUCUAGACUCGCUGAGGGAGAUUUACACCGUCGAGGCAUACGAUCUGUUCAGGCAUAAUUGCAACAACUUUUCAAACGACUUUGCCACGUUCUUAUUAGGGAAGGGAAUCCCCAGCCACAUCAUCAACAUGCCUCAAGCUGUGCUGAAUUCGCCAUUUGGGCAGAUGCUCAUGCCCACACUGACGCAGCAGAUCAACGCCAACAAACGCGGCGGAGGCAUCCUCGGUAUCGAGAAGCAAACUCCCGGAAGCUCGGUGAAGGCUCCAUCCCAGCUGCAUCACCCCCCGGGGAAAGUCCAUAUCGUAUCAAACCUCGGGCGGCUUGACGAACUGUUGGCGGCAUUCCAGAAAUCCUGCGCUGUCGUUUUUUUCACCUCUGCAACAUGCCCUCCCUGCAAAACUCUCUACCCGCUUUAUGACGAGUUGGCGAGUGAAUUCGGCGAGAAGGCGGCUCUGAUCAAGGUCGAUACUUCGCAAGCUUUUGAUGUCGCCAGCCGAUACUCCAUCACAGCAACACCGACAUUCAUCACAUUCCUUAAGGGGAAACAGGAAAACCGCUGGAGCGGUGCGGACCCGAGCGCUCUACGAGGCAAUGUCCGACUUCUCGUCCAGAUGGCGUGGCCGCCACAUCCACACCAGGCACUCGACCUUCCCACCUUUACUAAUCCCGAUGCCGAAUAUGUUACCUUCACGAAGAUCCCCCCUCUGGAGAAACUCCUCGCGAAGAUGGGCCCCACGGCAGCCGAUCCACUGAUACAGAGCGUCAAGAAGUUCAUCGAGACACGGGACUCGGACGGGCCAGCAGAGACAACGCUGCCGGAUCUCGCCGCCUUCGGCUCCCUGAUCCGUUCUUGCCUGACCUCUCUCCCCACCGAUAGCCUCUUCGCGGUCGUCGACCUCCUCCGCUGCGCCCUUGUCGACCCGCGGGUGAGCGGCUACUUCGCCGAGGAACAGCCGGCGCACCAGACCAUCACCUCGGUGCUCGAGCACGUCGUCGGCAUCACCGUGCCGCCCCGGACGUGCCCCUACGCGCUGCGGCUCGUCACGCUCCAGCUGGCGUGCAACCUCUUCACCAGCCCGCUCUACCCGGCGCAGGUGCUCGCCCACGCGCCGCUGCGCGCGGCCGUCACGCAGCUCCUCUCGUCCAGCUUCCUCGACGACGCCCACGCCAACACGCGCGUCGCGGCCGCCAGCCUGCUGUACGACGUCGCGCUCGCCAACAGCAGGAGGCGCCGCGACGGGCCGGGCGACCUGCUGCCCGAGGACGAGCAGGUCGAGCUGGCGGCGUCGGUGCUCGAGGCGAUCGCGCAGGAGGAGGGCUCCCGCGACGCCCUCGAGGGGAUGCUGCGCGCGCUCGGGUGGCUGGCGUACUGUCUGCCGCCAGAUGGGGAGGUGGCGGACCUGUUGAGAGCGAUGGAUGCCGGCGGGCUGGUUCUGAAAAAGGGUGAGAAGGGGCAGAUCGGGGAAGGGUUGGGGUUACCCCCCCCCUCCCCUUGGACAUGGCGGCGCAACCUCGAGCAGCGCUUCCGAGACGUCGUCGCGGACAUCAACGAGACCUUGAUCGGCAUUUCGCUGGAGCCGCGCCUGAUGCCCAACUCAGCAGGCUACCUCGACGUUGUCGCCCCGCGGCCCGUCCGCUCGAGCGCGAGCACGCCGUCGCUGCGCUCUCGCGACGGCACGGUGCCGCCUCAUGCGCGCGCCGACCCGGGAGGAAAUGUGAGGGUGGUGGUGAGGGUGAGGGCGUUUCUGCCGAGGGAAAUCGAGAGGGGAGCGGAAUGUCUGAUUCACAUGGACCCGGUCACGCAGCGGACGACGCUCCGGCCGCCGACGAGUGACGCAGACCCGGCCAACGCGCGGGCGCGGUCCCGCAAGGUCGUGGAGGAGAAGUCGUUCACGUUCGACAACAGCUUCUGGAGCCACAACCCGGCAGACGAGCACUACGCGACGCAGGAAGACAUCUACGACAGCCUGGGCGAGGAGUUUCUGGACCACAACUUCGAGGGCUACCACACGUGCAUCUUCGCCUACGGGCAGACGGGGUCGGGCAAGUCGUACACCAUGAUGGGCACGCCGGAGCAGCCGGGGCUGAUCCCGCGGACGUGCGAGGACCUGUUCGAGCGCAUCGCGGCGGCGCGGGAGGAGACGCCCAACAUCAGCUACAACGUGCGCGUCUCGUACUUUGAGGUCUACAACGAGCACGUGCGCGACCUCCUGGUGCCCGUGCUGCCGAACCAGCCGCCCUACUACCUCAAGAUCCGCGAGUCGCCGACCGAGGGCCCCUACGUCAAGGACCUGACCGAGGUCCCCGUGCGCAGCCUGGGCGAGAUACUGCGGUACAUGCGGAUCGGGGACAGCAACCGGACGACGGCGAGCACCAAGAUGAACGACACGAGCUCGCGCAGCCACGCCGUCUUCACCAUCAUGCUCAAGCAGAUCCACCACGACCUCGAGACGGACGAGACGACGGAGCGGUCCAGCCGCAUCCGCCUGGUCGACCUCGCCGGCUCCGAGCGCGCCAAGUCGACCGAGGCGACGGGCCAGCGCCUGCGCGAGGGGAGCAACAUCAACAAGUCGCUGACCACGCUCGGGCGCGUCAUCGCCGCGCUGGCCGACCCGAAGCAGCAGCGCGCCCGGGCGGGCCGCAAGGACGGCGGCAGCGCGUCCGUGGUGCCGUACCGCGACAGCAUCCUCACCUGGCUGCUCAAGGACUCGCUCGGGGGCAACUCCAAGACGGCCAUGAUCGCGUGCGUGGCGCCGUCCGACUACGAGGAGACGCUGUCGACGCUGCGGUACGCGGACCAGGCCAAGCGGAUCCGCACGCGCGCCGUGGUCAACCAGGUGGACAGCGUGUCGGCGGCCGAGCGGGACGCGCGCAUCGCCGCCAUGGAGGCCGAGAUCCGGGCGCUGCAGCUCGUCGUCGGCGACUCGCGCCGCCGCGAGAAGGACGCCCGCGAGGCCGAGGAGCGCCUCGAGGAGUACCAGGAGCGCGUGCGGAGCCUGCAGCGCGCCAUGGAGGAGCGCAGCCUCGUCGCCGAGGGCAAGAUCCGCAGCCUCCAGACGGAGAACGAGACCCUCCGGCUGCACCUCCGCCUGGCCCUCGACAGCCUCAAGAACCCGAUCCCGAUCCCGCCGCUCGCCGGCCCCGGGCGAGACGGGAUCGGCGAAGGGCGCCAAGGGAACGAAAAGGCCGAGCAGGGACCGAACGGCAGCGACGACGAUGACGGGUAUGCCUCGGGAGGAACGGCGGCGGAGGACGGCAACGAGUACGCCGGGGGCGAGGAAAAUGCCGGGUACGACACGUACGAGCGGCACGCGGACGACAUGCACGAGCACAUGAGCGGCCUGCUAAGGGAUCUCAGCUUGUUCCGGCGCAAGAUCGGGGACGACAAGAUGAGGUUCAUGGACGAGCUGAGUCGGAGGAGGCCGCUGGGGCAGAGGACGAAUAUCAUCUGAGAGCGUUUUCCUUUUUAGGAAGAGGGGCGCAGGCGUCGAGGGAGGAUUGAGGAGACGGGUAUGGUUGGCUCUAUGUCGUACACAUGGGCUAUGACGGUUUGCAUGUUGUCUCUCUGUUUGUGUUCCCUCCUUGUUAUUCUCUCCUUUUUUUUUCUUUCAUCUCCUUUUGUCUUUUCUGUUCGCCCUCUCACGUCAACGACAUGCCAAUUAUUGAUCACGAGCGACCUGUAUUGUACCGUUUGUUCUCUGCCUGGAGUUGGGAGUUGGUCGUCGGUUCUGGGAAUGUUAGUAUGGAGGUUGCACCGGGGAUAUGAACGAAGAAGUUACGCAAAGAGACCCGUUACCAACACCAUCAACAAGGUACACAUUAUUAGGCUUCCUC